AUGAAUCUAUUGGACAUGAGCGUCAAGUUUGUUGAGGAAAUCAAUUUAUUUCUACGCCAGGAGAAUGAUGAACUGGAUGCCGUGGAGGUGGAAAGACUGAUCCAAAGGAUCGAAGAGGUGCAACUGCUUGUAAGGGAUUCCGAGGAAAGCUUCAGGCAGAUGCUCGAGGGCAUUGAGGCUGAGGAGAGCUCUAAGGCAGAUACCAUUGUGGUCAUAACAAAAAACAAGAAGCCAAUUUGCAUUUUAGGAAAAGAGGUGGUUAAGCCAAGAAUAGAAAGUAUUAAUGCGGGAAGUGUCAGUUGUACUCAUACUCCAUCGUUCUGCAAAUUCAAGGCAUUUUCAAGCACCGUGCAUGUGAAGACGCUUGCCCAGCUGUUGGACAUAGACAAGCAUAUCACACAGGCUGCAAUAGAAGUGUUCGACCACACAUACAGGUCGUAUGAAGGAUUCACAUGCCUUAUCUCUGUUGGCGACACAAAUGGAAACAUCUACAUAAUAGAUGCAAUAAAGUUCAGGGCAUUCAUUCCAAGGCUUGCACUAUUGAAGUGCAAUGUCCCGAAGAUAAUACACUGUGGAGGCUGUGUUGAGAGGCUCCUCAGAGACUUUAAGCAACUUGGAUGCUUUAGAAACUACGAGAUCCCUUCGGAUAUGAUUUUUAUUGAUUGGAGAAUCCGUCCUGUCCCAAGAUUCCUUCUCGAAGUUUUGUACAGGGGAGUUCAGGAAAUAAGAGAAAUGGUUGCCAAUGGCGUUGAAAUGGAGGUCUAUUGCAGCAAAAAAAAUGACGAAACAAAGGAGAUGGCCUUGAAGUAUGGCAUCUCUAAUGACGGAGGGCUCCUUGAAGACCUUCUAAAGCUGAGAGAGUUUCUUGCAAAAAGUAACGACGAGUCUGUUCAAUAUGUCAUGACCGAUGACCAGGUCGUAAGACUCCUGAAGACAAAGCCAACUUCACAAAGAAAGAUGGCCGACGAACUCAGGAGGCUUUCUCCCAUAGCAAGGCAGCACAUAAUGGACUUUCUGCUUCUGCUCAAUGGCAAGAAAAAAAAAUUCCUAUUAAAAGAUCUCAUGACGCCAAAUCAAGGAUGA